UUAUAUUUAAUCGGGAGAGUGUAAUAUCCACAUUGAUUGUCGCGAAACGAGUUUAAUAAUAGCCAGUUUGAAACAUGGAAAACCUUAAGAGAAAUAAAAUAAAUGUUGAGGAAUUAUGUGCCAAAAUUGCUGCGGAGAUUGACCAUAUGAACUUAAACGAUAUGAAGAUGCUGGAAAAUUUGGGGAAAAUGGUGGGGACGCCUAAGGAUAGCGAGAUACUCAGAAAUAAGAUCAAAAAAAUCCAGGAUAACUUAAACGAACAACUGUUCCUAAUAACACGCGACAUCAAGGAAAUCAACAGUCCUACUGCGGAAAAAAACGCCAAACUAAACCUGCAACGCGAGAGAAUCGAAGAAGCGUUCAAAGCGACCCUGGUCCAAUUUAAUGAUAUGCAAAAAGACAUAAAAACGAAACAAAAAACCCAUAUUCUGGUUAAGAUUGACCUAAACAAACGAUCGUCGGACGAUCACAUUUUACUGGAUUCCACCGAAGCCCAGCAAGUGCUUUUAAAGAAUAUCGAAGAAGAAGAGAACCGGAUGUUGAAACGACAGGCGGAAAUGCAAAAUAUCCAAACGGAUAUCGUGGAUCUGCAUCAAAUGUUUUGCGACUUGGGAGAGAUGACUGAGAAACAGGGAGAAACUGUUGACACAGUGGAUAAAACCAUAUCACAAGUGGCAGAAGAGGUGGAAAUAGCCACGAAAGAGCUGAACGUAGUCGAAACUCAAACGUGCAUGAGAAGGAAGACCAUGAUGGUGUGCUCGGCUGUCAUUAUUAUUAUUAUAAUUAUUGCCAUUUUAAUUGGUGUUAUUUCUCAUUUUUGUAAAUAAAUACCUUGACAAGA